AUUUGGUGAUUUUGUUCAAUCUCUCCCUUAUAAAGUUUUGAUGAUCACCUUUAUCUCUCUCUCUCUCUCUCUCUAUAAUAACAGACCCAUCUACCCAAACUAUUCUCUCGUCUCCCACCUCUCAUCAUGAAUGAUCCCUACUCCAAUUACUUCACUGGCUGGUUCAACUUCAAUUCUGUCCACCACUUGAUCUCUUCCUCCACAUCUUCUUCCAAUCAAUCUUUUUAUUCUCCUUACAACACUAUCAACACAAACUCUUUCACUUGCUUCGAAUCCUCUCCCCCCUCUCCUCCUCUAAAAGAAGCUCUUCCCCUCCUCAGUUUAAGCCCCACAAGGCACGAUCGACAUGAAGAAUCCUCCUGCUAUACUACUCAUGCCAUGGAAGUGGACAAGAACAAGAGUAAAGAAGACAGCUUGUUCUCUAGCCCUACAUCUGCUGAUGAUGACACCGUGGCAGUUUCUCUUCAUCUAGGGUUGCCAAGCCCUAGCUCUGCUGAUUUGACCUCACGCCUCUCCUCCACGGCCAUCUCGGAUGAUAAAGAUGAUGUCACUGUUGCUUCAAACAGGCUCAACAAGGGACAGUAUUGGAUCCCUACUCCGGCUCAGAUUCUGAUUGGUCCAACUCAGUUCUCAUGCCCCCUUUGCUCCAAGACCUUCAAUAGAUACAACAACAUGCAGAUGCAUAUGUGGGGGCAUGGAUCUCAAUAUAGAAAAGGGCCGGAGUCUCUAAGGGGAACACAACCAACAGCCAUGCUUAGGCUUCCUUGCUAUUGUUGUUCAGCAGGGUGUAGGAACAACAUUGACCACCCAAGGGCAAAACCACUCAAAGACUUCAGAACCCUCCAAACCCAUUACAAGAGAAAGCAUGGGAUCAAGCCUUUCAUGUGCAGAAAAUGUGGCAAGGCCUUCGCCGUGAGAGGUGAUUGGAGAACCCAUGAGAAGAACUGUGGGAAGCUCUGGUAUUGCACUUGUGGUUCAGAUUUCAAACACAAAAGAUCUCUCAAAGAUCAUAUCAAGGCAUUUGGAAAUGGCCAUGCAGCUUAUGGAGUAGACUGUUUCGAGGAGGAAGAUGAAGCAGCCUCUGAAAUCGAGCAAGAUAAUGAAUCCUCUCAGUAAGACAGAUGGAACCAAUUAAAGGGAUCUCGAGCUAAAAAGAUUGUUGAAUUUCCCAUAUUCUGAGCUGAUGCUUUACACAUUAAUCUUGGCUUAUGCAAGAACAUAUUUUAUAUUAGCAUUAUUUUGAGUCC